AUGUCUUCUACACACUUGAAACAUUUUCAAAAGCAAAAAGAUAUUCUUGGUCAAAUUGCAAAAGCCAGUGAUGCUAUUCAACGAAAGCAUAGACUGAUGAAAUUGGGCAAGGAAGAAAUUGAACAGACUUUAAAUAAUACGUUUAAACCUAUAGUGACACCAAUUCAGAAAUUAGUUGACGACAUUGAAACUGCUGAUGAUGAUGAUGAUAACGGUGAUGAUAUUGAUAAUGAUUAUGAUGAUGAUGAUGAUGAUGGAGAUGAUAAUGAAGAUGGAGAUAAAUCAGAGAAAGAUGGUGCUAUUUUAUAUCUUCAAAUGUUGGAUGAAAAGGGAAAAGAUUUAGAUCCUUCAUAUGGAGUUCGUAAAUUAUCUAAAGGGCAAUUAAUGAUUGAGAGACGUGAAGCAGAGAUAAUUGAAACAGAGAGACGUGAAGCAGAGAGAAUUGAAACAGAGAGACGUGAAGCAGAGAUACGUAAAGCAGAGAUACGUAAAGCAGAGAGACGUGAAGCGGAGAGAAUUGAAACAGAUAGACGUAAAAGAGAUAGACGUGAAAGGGACAGGAGUGAUACACAGAGGCGUGAAAGGAAAAUAGAAAGGCGAGAAAAGGAGAGACUUGAAAUGGAAAAAACAUCCGUUUUAUUAACAGGGUAA